UAAAAAGGGUGCCUGUCUAGAUUUAAUAACAGAAAACUAUAAAAUUUCAUUUUCAAGAGGAAAAAAAGGAAGAAAAACAAUAAUUACAAAAUCCGUUGAAAAACUGAUUAUUCAGACAGUUUCGAUGAAAUAUUUUAAGUUAAAAUAAGUAGAAAUGCUUCUAAUUACAUUAUUUCUGAUCGCCGGAUAUCAAGGAUGGCAGAGCAUUUAUGGUGUCAAUGCAGCUUAUAGCCCAGCAACAGAGACGGACAUAAGACGAAGUAUAAUCAACAAUGCAUCAUACGACCCUGUAUCACGACCUGAAACCCUGACACACAUUAAAGCGGGGCUUAACAUAUUUGCCAUUGAUGAGCUGAAUUUGAGAGAACAAAAACUUACUUUGGCAGGCUGGAUGACUUUUGAAUGGGAGGACACUCGUAUAAUGUGGAAUCAGACGGAGCACAAUGAUCUGAAAUAUAUCUUCUUUAAGCCGGAGAAUAUCUGGAAACCAGAACUUAUCAUUGAUAAUGCACUUCAGGAUCUGGAAAUUAUAGAAAGUCAGGCUCUACUUCUGCGUUUACGAUAUGACGGCAUUGUAGAUUGGGAACCACCUAGGCUAUUUGUGACACAUUGUGAGAUCGACAUAACAUUUUACCCGUAUGACACUCAGAAGUGUGCUGUAGAAUUGUUAAGCUGGUCAUAUACAAUAGAUGAAGUCAUACUGGAUCAUCUUUAUGAAGAAAUCAACCUUGAGGAUUUUCAAGAGCACGGAGAAUGGAAGGUUUUAUUCACGGAGAUUGAAGACAGAAAUCUGACCGAGCAUUUACCAGACGGAACACUUAGAGUCUAUCCUCAACUCAACUUCUGGAUUGCACUACAGCGAAGAACUGGAUUUUACAAUCUAAACGUGGUCAUGCCGAUUGUUAUGACGUCAUUCUUUGUCGUGCUGGUAUUCCUGGUUCCCCUUGAUUCUGGGGAGAAAAUCACCUACAUUCUUACAGAGUUCCUGGCCCUUCUUCUGCUGUUGACUAUCGUAGUUCCUCCAACCUCGAUUACUGUUUCAGUUCUAGCGUUAUGGCUCGGUUUGGUUCUCAUAGUGGCUGCUUGCGGUAUUCUUUCAACAGUUGUUGUCUUGCACAUCGCACACAGAGAAGGCGCACCAGUUAGGGGCACGAAGAUGUUCGCCUUUGGACAGUUCAUGGCGAGGCUGUUAUGUUGGCAAAUGACCACAAUCGGAGCACGUGAGGUGGAGACACAUAAACCAAAACGCAUAACUGUCAAAUCUUUCAAGCCCGAUAUUGCAAAUAAAAGAUUCGAAAAGAAGAAUGUACAAAAGAAUGAUGAAAAGGACGUCACACAUGCCCUUGAAAAGGUCUUAAAAGAUUUGAAAGAUGCAGAAGAAAGAGAAAUUACAUGGAAAUUCAUUGCAGUUGUGUUUGACAAAUUCUGCUUCUACGCUUUCCUCCUCACCACUAUCAUAAUGAACUUUACAUUUGUCCUCGCACUUUCAGUGGUACAUCAUUAUCAGUUCCAUUAUCGGUACAUGUUUAAACAACAACAACAUCGUCUUCUUCUUCAUAACCAGAACAUCAUCAUCAUCAUCAAAACGCGAAAUUUUGAUAGAGUCGAUAAUGAAGAUGAUGAUGCAGAUUAUAAUUGUGAUUUUGAUGAAGGUGAUGGUUAUAUUGUCCCGUUGUUUGCUAUGAUCGUGUUUGGUGUAGAAGCACAAACUUCAUGUCAGGAUCUAGACAGUGCCGCCUGUAUAGCAAUGGCCAAACAGAACAGUGCCCUCUGUACCGACCAGAUGCUAGCUCAAAAUGCUUGUCCCGCAUAUUGCAAAUUGUGCCCGUUAACGUGUUAUAACUGUAACGUAACAAUGCCUGACGUCAACCAAUGUAACACCGUCUCGUGCGCAAAUGGAGAGGUAUGUUUGUUGAAAACAAGCGGAGUUGGAAAUACAAACAUGUACAGUAUGUCUUGUGGUCCUAAAACGACAUGCCCAAAUGGACGAAAAAGAAACCGGAAGUACUCGGAUGCGUUCGGAAUGCAGUCACGUGAUACCACAAACAGCGUUGUUUGCUGCGAUUCAGAUUUAUGUAAUAGUCCAGUUGCCGUUUCACCGGCAGUAACAACAACAUCAACAGUAACAACAACAACAUCUACAACAAGUCCCAAGUCAACUAUUAAAACCGGUGUAAAUGUCACUCAAAAUACAUACGGUAACACAAUUUUAUAA